GCAAUACAAUAUUAUGAAGAAAAAUAGAGAUUAAAGUGGUUAGUCUUAUAAAUUAUUAAUUCUUCUUGAUUAUUUCUUCAUGAAAUAACAGAAACACAGGAGAAAGAAUAGUGACACAAUGCGUGGAAAAGUAAUCGUUCUUGGACUAAUCCAAAUAUUUUGUCAGAUAUUUGGAGAAAAAUUGUCUGAUUAUUAUACUGCAGCUGUGGUAGAAUAUUCACCCAUUUUUAUUAAGGAUGACAUAAAAUUGACUUAUGAGAAGAACACAGAUGAAUAUAUCAAUUACAUAGAACGAGCAAGUAAACAGAAUGCCGACAUCAUUGUUUUUCCGGAAGCUGGAUUGACAUCCAUGAGCAUGCCUAUUUUUCACGAAUAUAAUGACUGGACAACAGUGGUUCCUUCUUCUCAGGACAACUAUAUACCUUGUACAGAAUCUAGAAUCAACGGCAUCAUCAAAGCAAUAAAAAGAUUGUCAUGCGCUGCGAGGGAUAAUCAUAUAUACGUAGUAAUAAACGUUGGCGAGAAGCGAUUCGAUGAAAAGAAUGGCACAUGGCAUUAUCAUAACACUAAUAUUGUGUUCGAUCGAAUUGGAAAAAUUAUUGCUAGGUAUAUAGAUAUAUUUUUGCGACUACUAAAAAACAAUCUAUUAUUCUUUUCAAAAUUUGACCUUAUAAAUAGAUAUCGUAAAGUGCACCUUGCUUUGGAAGGAAAAUUCGAAAGUUCAGUGCCACCAGAUCUCGUUACUUUCGACACUGAUUUUGGAGUAAAAUUCGGUGUCAUUAUAUGUUUCGAUAUGCUAUUUGAGGAACCUGCCUUAAAUUUGACGAGAAUAGAAGGUGUUUCAAAUAUUGUGUAUCCUACUGCCUGGUUCUCGGAAGUGCCAUUUAUAACCGCUAUUCAAUAUCAUUCUGGAUGGGCUUAUAGCGAGAAUGUAAAUGUACUGUCGGCUGGAUACAAUAAACCCGAAUUCGGAAGCAUAGGAAGCGGUAUUUAUUUAGGUCGCAACGGAAUAAUCAACGUGACCAUGUCUGUAAAUCCGAAGGAGCGGCUUUUAAUCUCUCGAGUGCCAAAAACGCCUAGAAAAAUCGAAACACAAGAGAGAGGAUACAUUACAAAUCAAUUUUACUCGAAAAGAAAUCUGCGUACAUCGAACAUCGAUUUGAUAAAGUUAAAGCACGAUCAUGUUACAUGGUUUAAUUCUGUUCUGGUUAAUGAUUCUAUGAAUGAAAUUAUCUGUUACGGUAACUUCUGUUGCGACUUUCUGAUUCGUAUAGAUACUAUCGAUCCGUCCACUUAUUAUCACGCAGUUGUGUACGAUGGUAUUCACGUGUUCGAGAAGAUAUUGGACGCUGGUGUUCGUCUAUGCGCCGUGAUCCAAUGUUCUAAUGAGUCGCUCCAUUCUUGCACUUCCGUCGAUUCGUCCGACACUACGUUUUCGACUUUGAGGAUAACAGCGAGAUUCGACGAUUAUCCGAACAUUUUGGUGACACCGACUGUGAUCGAUUCUUCCCUUAUUCCCUUCCAGCAUUGGUCAUACGAUGAACAGAUGCAUGGAGAAGAAACAACUGUCACAAUUGCUUUGGAAGAAGAGAUGAAAAAUGUGAUUAACUUCGGCAUAUAUUCCAGGAACUUCCAAAGAGAUAAAUAUUAUGAGUAAUUUUAGGAAUCGAUAGAACUCCAUAAAAUUAUC